UCCACUUAGAAGACAAACUAAAGCUACAAAACUAAAAGAGCUGCAGAUAAGAGGCGGAGCCACCCUGAAGAGGAGAGCUGCUGCGUCACACUCUGGAAACGAGAGUUAACUUCAGAGUCAGAAACACUGCAGUCGAGACGAGUCUCUGCUUUUCUCUCAGAGACGAUUCAAAGUGACGUCUUCAGGUUUUUCUCAACAACUCAACAGAGUCUCUUCCAAACACUGGAGGGAGUUAGUAGUCUAGGGGUGAGAUGAUCAGAACCUGGACCAGAACCUGUGCCUCCUCCUGAGUGAGAAGAGGUUGACUCUCCUGAUGUUGAGCAGCAUGGACCUACAGGAACGUGUUGCAGGUGUAAUGUCGGCAGUCAGGGAGAGUUGACUGUCGAGUGUCACACCAGGUUCCUGCAGUCGAGGUCGGUGUCAACAGAGAUAUUGAAGAUGGCUUCUGCAAACCUUCUGCUGUCUGAAGACCAGUUCCUGUGCUCCGUCUGUCUGGAUGUGUUCACUAAUCCAGUCACAACACCAUGUGGACACAACUUCUGCAAAAAGUGCAUCACUGAACACUGGAAUGUGAGUGACAGGUGCCAGUGUCCCAUGUGCCAAGAGGUUUUCACCACCAGACCAGAUCUGAGGGUCAACACUUUGUUCUCUGAGAUGGUUUCUCAGUUCAGACAGUCGACUCAGCAGAAAGCCAGCAGCAGCAGCUCAGAGCAACAAGAGUCCAGACCAGGAGAAGUUCCCUGUGACGUCUGCACUGGAACCAAACUGAAGGCCCUGAAGUCCUGCCUGGUGUGUCUGGCCUCCUACUGUGAGACUCACCUGGAGCCUCACCUGACAGCUUCACGCCUGAAGAGACAUCAGCUGAUGGACCCUGUGGAGAACCUGGAAGACAGGAUGUGUCUGAAGCACGAUAAACCUCUGGAGCUGUUCUGUGGACCGACC